AUAAAUUUCUAAAUGUUUUUUUAUUUUUACUAAUAUUAGUUUAUGAUAUAAAAAUCGUUCUAUUGCUCUUUAUGGGCAGAUUUAUAACAAUUUACUGAAUGGUAUAUUUAUAAAAAAAUGGGUAAUGGCGAAUCUACAACUCGACGCAUAGCAUUGCAAAGAUCUGAUGAUGGGACCAUCCAGAUAACAGAGAAUGUAUUGGCUCAUCUUAAAGGGAAAAAAUCUGAAUCAACAUUAAAUGGCAGCCAACAACAUUCAGUUGAAGAAUUUUACAAUGAGGAUGAACUAAAAGAAAUGUUAGAGCAAGCAUACCGCAAAGGACAAGAAAGUGAAUAUAAAAAAUCUGUUCACGAUAUUGAUUUAUUAAAACAAAAGUUAGAAGAGAGAGAGAAAAGUCUAAAUGAGGAACAUACACACAAACUUCAAGAAAUAGAAAACUACUGGAAAGAAAAGCUUUCUAUGCAAGAUAAUCAAGAAGUUGAAAGUUAUAAAAAACUAGCAGAAGAAAAAGAAGCCAAAUUAGUUGAAAAAGAAGCUGAGUUAGAUAACGUAAAGAAUGAGCUUCAUAAAAAAUUAGUCAAUCUUUCUGAUGAGUUUGAUAGAGGUGUUAAAGAAAUCGAAGAUAAAAUCAAUCCACUACAACAAAAAUCAGUAUGUAAUGAAAGUCUUGGUCUUGUUUUGAGUUGUUACAAAGCAAACAAUGGAAAGCCUUUAAGGUGUUCUCAAGAGGUUAAAGACUUUAUGAACUGUGUUCAGGAAACACGUGUGAAGCAGAUGAAAAAAAAUAUUUGAACUAGUGUCGUCGAUUCCGUCAUUUUAACGAACUCUGAGAUUUUUUUCGCCAUCAAAGAUCAUCAAGUGUAUUAAAUCAAUUUUUUUUUUAAUUUUUUUUUAUCGGUUAUCGUCAACUUUAAUCGACAUUUUUUGCUAGUCAAUUAUAUGUUUGUUACGAUAUAUUUUAUUAAUAACUAGUAUCUGGUAUCGUUAUAGGGUAACGAUACCAGAUAUUAACGAUAACUAACGAUAAUAACGUACCUUGAAAUGA